UGUUCACUAGCACCCUCUUCCCAGUGCCAAUUGUCAGGGGUGCUGGUACGGUAAGGCCUGGCUCUAAAGGUGCUGCCUCAAAGGGCCCAGAACAUAGAACACAAUGAGCUGGGCCGGGGCAGACGUGCACGCCUAUGUCCACAGCUGCACCCACAUCCCGUGUCAGUAAAUAAGGGGGGAUUUUGCACCCAGUGUGCCAUGGCCCAGCCUACAGAGAGCUGUCAUGCAAAGGGAUCCUGGAGGCAGCUGGAACAGGAGACACUGAUGGGGAAACGCUUGUGCCUGCAGCUCUGGGAGGCUUUUGAGGCCAUGGCUGUGUACUUCACGCAGGAGGAGUGGGAGCUGCUGGAGGAUGUACAGAAGGGGCUGUACCAGGACCAGAUGCUGAGGAACUGCGGAGCUCUCAUUUUCCUGGGUAAAGAUGUUUCCUGCUCUCCAAGGCUUUUUGUUGCUCAGCAAAGACUAUGUCGACCAUUCCUACUAUGGGCUUUCACAUGCUAUAACAGGUGUCUCUUGCCUUCUGUUCUCCGUAUCCAGGGCUCCUGGUACCUUUGUUUCCAACCCUGCAGGAUUUGCAAAGUGUAUGUGCUCAACUCCCCUUCUUGUUCGAUCCUCCCACUGGAUGGGAUGAUUGCUUUUGUUGCCACUGCAGUUCUUAUAACAUCUUCCCUUCCUCUUCCCUGUUGGGUAAUGGCCCUCUCUCCCAGAGAGAAGUGUUAUGGUCAGCCAGUUCUGGAUUCUGUUCCCUGUUGCCAGGCCUCGCUUGAAACCUUCCCAGAGAAGAAACUCAUACCCAUUCCUUUGCCUGGAAUGACUCUGAGAAGACAGAUGUUAUCCAGCCACCAGUGUGUCCAGCUUCUUUUUGUUUUGGUGUCUUGUAAACCAGUGAGAUUUCAUCUUUCUGCUCUCUACCACGACAGGUCGCUGCAUGUCCACCCCUGUUCCUGGGAACUCUGUCAGUCUCGCACCCAUUUUAUACCUCAGAGUGGUCAGUGCUUUGUUUCUUACAACCACCCCCCGCACCACCUUACUGACAAAGGCCAUCAUCUAUCAAUGGCUUCCCCCUGUGGUGCUUUUUCUUUCCUCCUAAGCGUGAAUCCUCCCUUGUCCUUCAAAGCCUCAAUAAAAUCCUUGAGUUCAUUGGAUGCAUUCCCAAAAUGCCAGCUGGUUAUUUGCCAUCCAGUACCCAGUCACAGAUGUUUUUUAACCACUCCCCGCAAACAGGAUAUCGAUGUUCAACACCUGACUUAAUCUACCACAUCCAGCAAGGACAGGAGGAGCUGUGGGUCUGAGGACCAUGGGGACAACCUCAAGUUGGAGUAUCUGUCGCCAGGAGGCACCUGGCUGCUGAGCAGAGUGGAGGAGCAAACCUGGAGCUUCACUGGACUUCAUCAGGGAGUUUGGGUGAGACAGAGUCCCUAAGACAUGAGGAGGACCAGUGGCCCCAAAACCAGAGAAGGUCCCAACAGCAGAAGGAGAAUGUAGCAGUGAAGCAGGUGCCAUCUCCUGUUGGGUGUGAGUGGAGAAAGGACAGAAGCCAGAGACAGCCCUGGGUGCAGGGAAGGAUUUGUGGGGCUGAACAGCUAGAAGGGGAAACUUUCACUGGAGAGAGACUCUGGAUCUGAGCCAAGCCAUUGGGGAGGGCCUCAGAGGGAAGCAGGAGCUCCCUGCUAAGCCCCAGGCCAGAGCCCACCCCUGCCCUGAGUCUGGAAAAAACUUCAGAUGCCCAUCACACUGGGAUCUGCCACAUUGGUGCCGUGAGUCUUGGAAGAGCUUCACCCACUCCAGCCUGACCAGACACCACCACAUACACACAGGGAAGAAAAGCCGUAUCAGUGCUCUGUUUGUGGGAAGAGCUUUGCCAAUCCCUCCACACUGUCCACGCACCAGUGUCUUCACACAGGGAAGCCUGCUGCCUCUGUUGUCUGGUGCCAAGUGCCCUCCAGUUUCUUCACGGGCCUCAGCAUCACCCUGCAGUUGGGUUCACAAGGCUGGAUCCCCCACAGGGAGCAAGGCCUCCAAAGCUUUGCCCAAGUAUGGGGACUUGUGGCCUCAACACAAGGUUUAACAGCCACUAGUUGGGAGUGACCUGCUGCUACUUGGGCGUAGGUAUGCUUGUGUUCUGGUAAGUCGCAGGUCUGCAGAAAAUGACUUGGUGGUUACAGUGGACAACCAGCUGAAUAGGAACCAAAAGUUUUCCUUUGUUGUGAGGAAAGCAAAUGGCAUCCUGGGCUGCAUUUGUAGGAAUGUUGCCAGCAGAUCAAGGGUAUUGAUGCUUCCCCUCUGAGCAGCAGUGAGGCCACAUCUGGAGUCCUGUGUCCAGUUUUGGGCCCUCUUCUACAGAAAGAUUGUGGCCACAUUGGAGAGAGUCCAGUGGAGAGCAACAGAAAUGGUUUGGGGACUGGGACACAUGACUUCUUAGGAGAGGCUGAAGGACCUGGACUUGUUGA